AUGGUUAACACUAAUUCAAGUCAUAUCUCCUACUUCGCCCAAAAUGAAGGAAGAAACACUGAAAACGUUGUAGCAGCCAAAGAUUCUAGUUCAUCCGGUAAGAGCACCUGGGCAAGCCACAAAGCUAACAAUGGCAAUAAGUUUCCAUUCUAUCUCAAACUUUCAAUGUUUGGUAUUUUAGUUUUGGUGUUGCAGUGUUUCAAUGAGAAUACCUUCGGAAAUACUUUUGAAUGUGAAAAGAUAAUGCAAGAAGGAGCCUUGGACUUGGGGGCUAAUAGAAGCUUGGGAGAAUUGAUAAGAAAGGAAUCCACUUCGAAACAAGCAAUAAAAACAGGAAGCUCUUCCAAAGGAAGUAGCAGCUCCGCACAUAUUGAAGAGGUGGAAGAUGAAGAUGAUGACAAAAAAAUCUACAGAAAAAUGGCAGAAGAAUCUUAUAAGCAAAAGGUCGAAGAAAGGUAUAGGGCAAUGUCAGACGAUAGACCUGCACGUGUCCCAGGACCAAGGCAUAAUCACCAUAGUCAAGGUCCACCAAAAAUGUCUGAACAGGAACUUAUACAAUUAUUAAGAAUGUUACCACCACCACCACCAGCUAUGCAAAGAAGAUUAGGAAUUGUACCAGGUUCAAGUGCAGAUAGAAGAUUGCCAUUUGACAGCCCAGAACAAAUGUUACAAUUUUUAAAAUUUAUGAAUGACAGACAAAACAUGAUGUGUGGUAACGGCUCCUGUUGCGAUACUGGUGAAUGUGGAGAAGAAGAAGAAGAAAAAUCCAUUAUAAAAAAUAUAAUUCGUGAUGUAAGUAAUGUAGCUCCAUAUGUUUUACCUGCCAUCCCCCCUCUCCUGAUGAUGUUCAUUGGAACCCAAAGAACCUACUUAUUGUUAUAUACCCUAUCUUUAAUAAAAGAUGCUUACAAUUUUUUACAAAGAGUAAAUAAUUAA